UGACACUGACAAUCAUACAAAAUAAGCGCUUUGUAUAUUUUUAAGUCAUUAAACUGUUAUCAUAUUAGUAAAAUAAAUUCGUAAUUUUGUUUUUCAAAAGUCAAAUGUAAACAAUAGUUCGUGCAGUAUGUUUAAAAAAAUUGUUUUGCCUAUUACAGCUUGUCGGCACUACUGUAAAAUCUUAUCAAAAUUUCAUGGAGGUUAUAACACAAAUAGUACGCAGAAAAGUUAUUUUCAUAAUGGAAAAUGUUUAUUAACUCCUAGAAAUCCUCCAAAAUCGAAUAAGCAAACAUCCCCAGCCAUAGCCACCAAAUAUCAGGUUAUAACGGAAACGAAUUCAACAUUAAUAGAAAAUACUGCUGAUGAAAUUUACGUAGGAGAUAAAUAUCCUAUUUUAAGUGACGAGUUUGACGGAAUAAACUUAGAAAGAGGCAAAAAUGGUGUAUUUGAAAUAGAAGACCUUGUAGAAUUAUUAGAUAGAGAAAAUUCUAAGGAUAUAUUUGUAGCAACAGUUUCAAAAGACAUCAACUAUGUGGAAUAUAUAUGUGUUGUAAGCGCAAGAAGUAAGAGACAUAUUUUGGCAUUAGCAGAAUUCGUAAGGAAAGUUUAUAAAAGGAAAUGUCAUAAAAGUGACCAUAUACCAAGGAUUGAAGGCAAGGAUUCAGAAGAAUGGAUGGCCUUAGAUUUAGGAAACAUAGCCUUACAUAUAUUUUCAGAGAAAACAAGAAAAAUAUAUGAUUUAGAAACACUAUGGUCGGUUGGUCCUGAAUAUGAUGGAAAGACAGACGACAGUACUGAAGUAAUUGAUAUGUUAGAAAACUACAGCUCUUACCUAAAAGAUCUAAAACCAUUAGCAUAAAUAUCAAAAUGUUGUUUCUUUAGUAAAAAAAUGGUGUAGUUAUAUUUUGAUAAGUAAAAAAAAAAAUAUAUUAAACAUGAUUGUCAUUUUGCCACUUAUUUUAACCAUUAGUUUAAAAAAAAUAGUAAAAUCAAGGAGUUUGUUGUUAAAAGGAAAAACAAUUGUAUAAAAUUUAGUUUUGUUUAAAAACUAUAAUUAUGUAGCAAUAAAGGCUCCAUUUAAAGUCUCAUA